AAUAGCGCCACCCACCGGCUGGCCACCGCGGAUCCCUCACGUGAUCCAUCGGCCUUUUGCACUCCGCCUCACGUGACCUCGGAAACUCAACGGCUCUGAUAUCGUCUCCACCUUUUUCUUUCCAUAUUCGAUCCUCUCCGAGGAAGCUCCUUUUCUCUCUUUGUUUAUCCAUUUUCAGCUAAACAAUUAAAAUCCCUAAAAAAAUAUUUAAACCCAAUUUUCAAAUUAAUCAUAAAAAAAAAAAAGUAUUAUCAAAUCUCAACAAAUUUUGCCUCUACGGAUUCCAACUGCGUUUGGAGUUAGCGUUCCAAUCUCUUCUCUCGCGCCUGUGUAGUGAUUGGAGCUUGGAGUGAGUGUGGAAUGCCUGCGGCGAUGGAGGCCGGAAACCUGACGUCACUUCAACCGAGGCCGUACGACGUGCCGCUCCGCCGGGAGUUCGCGAACGUGCCGGUUGGAGCGGAUGAAGUGGGUGGAAGAUUCGAAGCCGACGACGUCAGCGGCGGAGGCUGUGAGGAGGACAUGAGAGGUGCCGAGGUGGUUCAAGUAAACUCGGCGGCGCCACCGCCCUGCUCUGUAGAUGGCGGCGCGGUGAUUUCGAGCUUUCAUAUUAGGCCUAGUGAGCUCACAGUUUCCUUCGAAGGCCAAGUCUAUGUUUUCCCUGCCGUUACUCCAGAUAAGUUGCAAGCGGUGCUUUUGCUUUUGGGAGGGAUUGAAACACCGGAAAAUGUCCCUAGUACGGAAUUUCAAUCACAACAAUGUAACAAGGUUUUGGAGGGUGCUUCUCCACUAGCGGUUUGUGCCUCUACAGCUCCGAAUGUUCCACGGAGAAUUGCCUCUCUUAUGAGGUUUCGAGAGAAGAGGAAAGAGAGAUGCUUUGAGAAAAAAAUUCGUUAUACUUGUCGGAAAGAGGUUGCUCAGAGAAUGCAUCGUAAAAACGGGCAAUUUGCCUCUAUGAAGGAGAGUGACAAGACAUCUGUUGAUAUUUUUGAAUCAGGUGAUGGCAAGCCUGGUUCUGAUCCAGUUUCCGUUGACAGAUUGCGCAGCUGUCAACACUGUGGUGUGAGUGAAAAUGGCACACCUGCAAUGCGGCGGGGACCAGAUGGCCCAAGAACGCUCUGCAAUGCUUGUGGACUUGUGUGGGCUAACAAGGGUAUUUUAAGAGAUCUUUCGAAAGGAGGGAAGAAUAUAGCUUUCAGCAAAAGUGAGAAUUCCAAUCAAAAUCCAGAUGAAGAGGGAAGUCCCGAGGAAAUGAAGCCCAUGUUAAUGGGGAAUGAAAAUCCUCUUAUUGGACCUGCUGACCAGGACUUUAGGGAAGCUGCUGAAAAUUAUACUGAUGGGUCACCCAUCGGGAUAGGAAAUUCAUCAAUUAACCCUGAUGAAGAGGAAACCCUUGAUGAAUUUGCCAAUGCCUCUGGGUCAGAUUUUGAUAUUUCUACAAGCUUUGAUGACGAGGUCGACAUUCACUCACAUAUGGGCACUGACUGGCCUGGAAGGUGACAUAUUGCGAGUCUGAACUGAGAUACCUGCUAACCUAAUUUGUAAAAGUAUAUGUUAAUAGAAACACCAGAUCUCACUUGUGUAUUUUGUAUCAUGCUGGAUGAAUCUGGAUGAAUCUUCAUCCAGGGAAAUCGUUGUUUGUACAGUAAUGACAGUAAUGCUGGAUGAAUCUUCAUCUUGUGGGUUUUCAAGAAAAA